AUGGAGAAGGAAACUGACGCGCGGCACAUGACGACGACGUCGGCUGAGGAGAAGUCGGGUAGUCCGCAGAGCCAGGGGAAGCAAAAGAAGCCCAAGGCGGAGAAGCCCAAGGCGGAGAAGUCCAAGGCGGAGAAGCCCAAAGGUGCGGCUUCCGGCACUGCUCAAUUGGGUAUAACAGUUGAUAAGUUGGAGAAUUUUCCGCAGUGGUAUACUGAAGUGAUAACUAAGGCGGAAUUGAUAGAGUACUAUGACGUGAGUGGCUGUUACAUUUUGCGUCCGUGGAUAUACAACGUGUGGGAGUGUGUGCAGGGUUAUUUGAAUAACGUGUAUCGUGUGAACGGAGUGAAGAAUUCGUAUUUCCCAAUGUUCGUUACGAAGAGUAAGUUGGAGGCGGAGGAAGAUCAUGUGGAGGGGUUCAGUGCUGAGGUGGCUUGGGUGACGAAGUCCGGGUCUUCGGAUUUGCCAGAGCCGAUUGCCAUCCGGCCGACUUCGGAGACAAUCAUGUACCCGGCAUUCCAGAAGUGGAUUCGGUCCCAUCGUGACCUGCCGCUGAAAUUAAACCAGUGGUGUCCAGUGGUUCGUUGGGAAUUCAGUCAUCCGACACCAUUUAUUCGCACGCGAGAGUUUUUGUGGCAAGAAGGACACACAGCGCACGCAACUGGGGAGGAGGCGGACGCAUUCGCGAAGGCAAUGUUGUAUGCAUACCAACAGGUGUACCGGAAUGUGUAUGCGAUACCAGUGAUACCGGGUCAGAAGUCGGAAAUGGAGAAGUUUGCUGGCGGGUUCAAAACGUAUACAACGGAAGUGUAUGUGGGUUGUAAUGGACGAUCGAUACAGGCGGCGACGUCUCAUAACCUGGGGCAGAAUUUUGCCAAAAUUUUUGGAGUCGAAUACGAGGAUGACACCAAGACCAGACAUCAUGUUCAUCAAACUAGUUUUGGUCUCAGCACACGUUCUAUUGGCGCAAUGAUUAUGGUACAUGGAGACAAAAAGGGCCUUGUAUUACCCCCGCGUUGUGCGCCUGUUCAUGUUGUAGUUGUGCCGAUUGUGAAGAAGGACAUGGAUGUGACGGUAUUGUAUGAGACUUGUCGACGUCUUACAAAUGAAAUAUCACUGCAGUAUUUGGAGUAUGAAGAGCCGGAGCUUUGCCAUACCAAUCUGGUAGACCAGAAGCAGGUGGACCUAUUGUCCAAGGCGCAGAAACUUUCAAAACUUCCCAUUACUGUCGAAUUCGACGACCGUGAAUGCUAUAAUCCUGGAUGGAAAUACAACCACUGGGAAGUCAAGGGCGUACCAUUACGUCUUGAAGUCGGACCCAGGGAUAUCGAGCAAGGUACCUGCCGACUUGUACGUCGCUGUGAUGGUCAGAAGUUCGAUAUCCAACAAACUGACGCUGCUUUCAAGGUCGUAGAAGAACUAAACCACGCGCACACAAUCAUGUUCAACGCAGCCAAAAAUACUCAAGAUCAGAACAUACAACGCAUACAGACCUACGACCAGGUAAUGCCUGCGCUGGAUAAAAAACAACUUGUCCUCGCACCAUGGUGUCAACGUACUGAAUGCGAAAAAGACGUCAAGACCAAAACCGGAAAAACCACCGUCACCGACCAAACCACUGCCGCCUCAGGACUCUCUGGCUCAAUGAAGACGCUCUGCAUGCCAUUCGAACAACCCCACCUCGAACCUGAUACCAGCUGCUUCAACUGCAACGAAAAGGCCACCAUCUAUUGCCUUUGGGGCAGAUCCUAUUAA